UGCUCGAUACCAGCAACAUGUCUUUUAUUUACUGUAUUUUCUUGAUUAUAAUUCCAGUUACGUGCAACAGUAUUGACGAGACAAAAUGUCUUAACAUUCCUUUAAUAAAAGAUUUUGAUAUUCGAAAGAUGGUUGGUAAUUGGGUUUUACACGAAGCAGCAGACGAGGAAGAGGUUUUAAAAAAAUGUAUUUAUUACAAAACGAGUCUUGAUGCAAACAAAGGGAAUACUACAUAUAUAGUAAAACGAAUUUGGGAGAAUAACUCAGAAUCGUUUAACAUGUACCCAGUUAAUAACACAUCAAAAUUCGUUACUGAAUGGUUGGGGCAAAUAAGAAUGACAUGGUUGGUUGCUACUGAUUACAAUAAUUAUUCUAUUUGGUAUGUUUGUUAUCCAGAAAAUCCACAAAACAGUGCUUUUGGAAUUUCUACCAGACUUUUUACAAUUAAUAAUAAUGUUAUGCAAAAAGCUAAAGAACUUGUAAGAAAAAUUGGAUUACAUAAUUUACUUCCGAGAUUACAAAAUAUUAAUCAUGAAAAUUGUUUUAAGCAAUACAAGAUUUGAAGUUGUAAUCAAUGAAAGAAUAAUAAACAAAAAUAAUUUGUUAUAUUUUAUUAAUUCAUGAUUAAACAUAUGUCAUUGUGCGAA